CAGGUGGGUGGGUUGCCACGUACAUAAGCGAGGGCGGGUGGAAGUUGAAGUGAGUUGUUCUCUACGUGGAGUCGUCUUCACAUCCACUGAAAUCGACUUCGUCCCGGACCUUAAACGGGACGACUGUUGCAAGGCUCGAAGGGAAUUCUCACCAGGAACGACAGCGACGAUGACGACGAUGACGAAGCACGCCGCGGGAGCCGUCCGCUUUCCUCCGCUGUCGCUCCUGCUGCCCGCGCUGCUGCUGCUGCUGCUGCCGCUGUCACCGGGACCGGGGGGCGUCGCGACGGCGGCGAAGGUUGCCGUCAUCCCGCCCAUCAUGUUCGAGAGCCACCUGUACAUCUUCCAGCGGCUGGCAGGCGAGCUGCACGCGCGCGGCCACGACGUCGUCUUUGUGGUCUCGGAGGGCCGCGAGCUGCCGCCCUCCCCGCACGUGCGGCUCCACCGCUACCGGGGCCUCUUCUCGUCGCGCCAAGCCGACGAAUUCCUCCAGGAGAAGGUGCAAAACAUCUUCUCCGGCCGGCUGACGUCGCUGCAGCUGCUCUCCAUCCUGGAGCAGUACGAGCGCAACUGCGACGUCAUGGUGGGCGACCGUGACCUGCGGCGACGUCUCGAGGCCGAGCGCUUCGACCUGCUGCUCAUUGACCCCAACGAGAUGUGCGGCUUCGUGUGGGCCCACCUGCUGGGCGUGCGCUACGCCGUCCUCUCCACGGGACUCUGGUUCCCGGCCGAGAUCGGAGCGCCUGCCCCGCUCGCGUACGUCCCCGAGUUCAACUCGGAGCUCACCGACGACAUGGGCACGCUGGAGCGCGCUCGCAACGCCGUCGUUUACGCCAUGAGCCGCCUGGGCACGCACUGGCUCAUCCUGCCGCGCUUCGACGCCGUCAUCCGCAAGCACUGGCAAAGCGGCGGUGAGCGGAGGACGGAGAAGGGGGAGACGGCGGCGGCGGUGGCGCCGAUGCCGAUGGCGCAGAUUAUCGCCGGGACGGACUUCUGGAUGCUGUGCACGGACGCGGCGCUGGAGUUCCCGAGGCCCACGCUCCCGCACGUGGCCUAUGUCGGGGGAGUGCUCACGAAACCUGCGGCGCCGCUGCCCACGGACCUGGCGAGCUGGGCAGACGCCGCAGGUGAGGUGGGAUUCGUGAUCGUCUCGUUCGGAGCGGGAGUCAAGUACCUGUCGGAGGAGCUCUCACUCAAGCUCGCCGGAGCCUUCGCUCGUCUGCCCCACAAGGUGCUCUGGAGAUAUUUUGGGGAGAAGCCACACAACCUGGGCAACAACACGCGCCUUGUGGAGUGGCUGCCGCAGAACGACUUACUCGGCCACGCGGGCGUGCGAGCCUUCGUGACCCAUGGCGGCCUGAACGGCGUGUACGAGGCGGUGUACCACGGCGUGCCCGUCGUCGGCAUGCCGCUGUUCGGCGACCACUACGACACCAUGACACGUGUGCAUGCCAAGGGAAUGGGACUCAAGAUGCACUGGGACCGCAUGACGCAGGACGACCUCUACAACGCCAUCGUUGACGUCACCUCGGUGCCCAGUUACCGUGAGCGUGCACAGGUGCUCUCCCACAUCCACCGCGACUACCCGGAGCACCCGGUGAACCGCACCGUCUACUGGGUGGAGUACGUGAUCCGGCACGGUGGGGCCCCGCACCUGCGCGCGCGCCUCUACGCGUUCUCGACGCCCACCUACUGGCUGCUGGACGUCGCGCUGCUGUUUGCCGUCGCCCUCUACGCCUGCUACCGUCUCGGCUCGUGGGCCCUCUCCGUUUGCCGGCGGCGGCGGCAGCGGGCACAGCGUUCGCACGCGGCGCCUGGACAAAGCGCGGCCAACGGGGCGCGUCACACCAACGGCGUCGCCUACACCAACGGAGUCCCGGCCAACGGGGUCUGUGGGUCGGCCUCCUCCUCCUCCUCCUCGUCGCGGUGCAAGAAGGCGGACUAAGGCAGUGGAAGGCCCGCCGGGCGGGGCUUUGCGUCCCGGCAAAGGGCUUAAUUUCUUCCCACUCUUGUUGUCGAGCAGGCGGCGCAUGGCUAUACGCAGUGUAGCCACGGCCGUGGCGAGAGGUGUUACUGGAUGUUGUCGUGCCGGCCGCGGAAAUAUUUUCCAGGUCACCGAUGGACUUGGACGGACCCGGCUGAAAUGAAGCCCUGGGGCUGUGCGAGCCCUCUGUCACCAGAGUCGGAACGAUGUGGUAAAUGAAAUUGAAGGGCGGGUGUCGGAACGAACGUCGUUCGCUCUGGACUGACCGAGGGUUGUGGAGACCGAGCAGUGAAUUAAAGUUAGGUUAUCGGAGCGUGAUGGGCAUUAAGUUGGCUUUUUUUUUAACUAGGCAGACUUCAAUUCAGAAUGAGCGCACUUGAAAUGUUGGUGGCAAUUUCAUUCUUCCACCGCAGGCCCUCUUCCACCCAGCAGUAGUCAUGAGCACGCAACGAUACCACUUUUUGUGGGGUAAAUUAUAGGUAACUAUUAUCAUCUACAACUCCUCCUGCCAGCGAGUGCGAAAGCAUUUCUCCAGUAAUAAUAAUGUCGUAUUCUUCGUAUUGUAAGACGCACACCCAACUCUUGUUUUUAAUAUUCGGGUGAAAUGCACGCAUCUUAUAACCUAGAGCAGGGGUGGCGAACCUUUUUUUCUUACAAGGGCCAUUUGGAUAUUCAUAACAUCAUUUGCUGGUCACACAAAAUUAUCAACUUAGCCUGUUAUAUUUGGUCAAACAUUUAAUUAAUUCACCCCUAAUGCGAUGGCUGAAACUGCUUCUCUUUGGUGAGGCGUGUGAUGUUAGCCGGUAUUGAUGAUGUUGCUACUCGCAACUGCUUUUCCAGGUUUGCUCCGAGAUUUAUUGAAUUUCGAGUCCCGCCUGCGGUUGCCUUGGCAGGGCCAGAGCAAAUGAUUUUGCGGGCCUCAUACGGCCCGCGGGUCGGACGUUCCCCACCCCUGAUCUAGAAGAUACGGUUUGAAUGCCCUUUAAUGAACGAGGAAAGUCUUGCUCAGUCUCUUUUUCAGCUGGGUCCUACUUUAGGAUGUUUGGCCAAUUUCAUCAUUCAGCGUUUAGCAUUCAUUUGACUUUGUUGUGUGGAAUCACUCAAGGCACCCGGCAGGGACAGAUGAGCAAUUUGUAUUAUAAAUUUACAUAAUUAUUUGAAUUGGUUUUUUUUAAACGUGUCACAUUCGGGUGCAUGUACUGCUCGAAUGCAACAUUUCCAAGAGACGUGGUGUGGAAAACGAACUUCUAUUUCAGAUUCUUACCACAAUACUUUACAAAAAUAUCACCUAUGCAAACCGUGUAAAGUUCGUCAUCAAAGACUGAUCAACUGACAGUAUUAACAUCAAAACCAUGUGACAUCUAAACGUGACGCCUUACAGUGUUGGUUCGAUCGCCUUUCACACCUUGUUUACUGCAUGGUGAUAGUAUACACCUGUGAUCCAGUGACUUGGGGGGGUUGCUGGAACAAGCAUAGAUCAUUAAGUGUGUGUGUGCCAGUCACCCACCUCCUAGGAGAAUGAGGUGGUGCCUGUAGGAGGAGCACAUCAAGUAUGUUUUGACAGGAUGAGGUUUGUAGAGAGGAGGGUUUUUUUAUAUGUUGACUCACUAAUUAGUCAUUAUACACGAUGGGUGGAAAAAACCCGAUUUUUUCCAGCGGCAGGCAUCGGUUUUUUUAGAACCAGUUAAACCGGAUUUCUCCCAAUUUCAGAUCGGGUUUAAUAUAAAAGACAAUUAAACCCGAUUGUCAAAAACCCGACUGUGCCACCCUUGUUAUACACGGCAUUUCUUAGGGUAUUGCAGGUUCUUCCCGUCACCUGAUGAAGCAUGUGAAUUGUACUGAAAAACAUUUAACAUUUUAAACUUUGGUGUGAUAUUGAUUUUUAAACAAUUACUGUAUAUCGUGAUUCAACUAUGUAUUUUGAACUUCUUUCGCACCGCACGUAGCCAACCGUGCUAAUUGGAAGGUGUGGUCGAAAGGACAACGAAUUAAUUACUUAAUUAUAGCUGUCAAUGUAACGUUCCCAAAAUUGGUGUACGGAUGUGACAUGCAUUCUAUUGCACGCCGACUUGAUCUAGGAAUGUAACGAUUCACUACCCACUCCAGUCCUGGGAAUUUGACGAUUCGGGGUAUCUCUUCAGCAAUCUAUUCUCUCUCUUUUUCAACAUCGUGGUGAAUGUCGCAGCCGUCCGUGGCUGCAGGAGCCGCGUCAACUCGUGUUGUGAUCGUAUACGCGUCGACAGCCAAGGGGCCGUCCUUAAAUGACGUCACGCACCUGGGGGGGGGGGGGGGUCAGACAUUUGUGACGGUGUGUGACGAGGGGGGGGUGGUUUGAGAAAUGUGACGUCACAUCAAAAUGCGCAACUUUAAACAAAUAUAGACAACACGUUCUACCUAAUUAAAUAGACUUUUUAAUAAAUGUUUUCUCCUACAACAUCAGAGUGCAGCGCCACAUUAAAUACGCACUACAAUGACAUAAGUUUAAAGCUAUUUGAAUCAUGUUUUAUUUUUUUUUUGGGGGGGGGGAAGGGGGCAGAGUAUUGACAUCAUAUUUGAGGGGGGGGGUGUCUGACUUUUUGUGACGAGGGGGGGGAGGGUAAAAAAUCGUCCAAAAUCGCGUGACGUCAUUUAUGGACGGCCCCCAACGAUUCGUGCUGUCGCCUAGGUUUUGCGCCCUCCUGCUGUACGGCACUCCGAUGCAUUCGCCGGUUGUGCGACCGCGCGUUGUUCAGCACGAACCCACGACGCUUCGCCCCACGUGCUGAGAGAAGCUCCCAAACGCAUCUCGAGGGCUAGAACAACACGGAUUACUCGCGAGAGUGAUUCGAUACAGGUGCGUGUUUUAAGCAUCGGUGUAAAUCGAUGCUUCGUGUGAUGCCUCCAGCUGUAACUCCAAAUGGCUCUCGACCACUGUGAAUGUUCCCAAGUGUUAUGGCCCCCCCCCCUUGGAUUAUCGUCGCUCCGUCAUGAAUGCCGGAUGUGCCUGCCGCACACGUCGGCAUGAUAUGGAGUCGCCCGUCUCCCAUGCAACUCUCUCGCUCGAAUACUGUGCGUUUGAAUCAUGGGUGGAAAAAACCCGAUUUUUACAGCAGCAGGCAUCGGGUUUUUUUUAAUAGAACCAAUUAAACCGAAUUUCUCCCAAUCUCAGAUUAUCUGGUUUAAUAUAAAAGACAAUUAACUGUGCCACCCUUGGUUUGAAUGCACAAAAAGCAAUGAUCGUUUUAGCCACACUCCUGAAUUUCUUGAGUAUUGCAUGGGUCGGUUAUAAAGCACAGUGUGGAAUUAUCUCGUGGGUUUUUUGUACUUGUAUCGCACAUUGUAGACCUGCAUACCGAAUGCAUUUAUCACUGGAAACGCCACCGAACCUGUACUGCAGCAUUGGUGAACUGGGGCAGUUUCCCAGAAUGGGGGGCGGGGGGGGCGAGGUGGUGGGUGGGGCAGUAAAAGGGGAAAUUUUCCCCAAGCCUCACAACAAACCUGGAUGAUUUCCUCCGUUCGUGAAGACAAAUCCUCUGUCAGUCUGCAACAAAAAAAACCCGAUUUACAAUCAUCGCAAGUUAAAUAUCACUUUGCCACCGCCGUCACUGUCCAUUUAACAAUAAGCAACGCUUUGUAACUGGAACGUGAAAUAGAGAGGUCCGCUUUUAGGACGAGGGUGGAAAACCCUCAUCCUCAACUGAACUCGCUAAAUACGACAAAUACACGCGGACACUUGCAAGAGGCCCUCGCAGCUACAGACGGGGACUGCACACGUAAAACUACCAAAUUUAAAUUGCCAGGUCGAACGAUAUUUCAAUCUCCCCCUCCACCACCCUCUCUCUAAUACCCGCUUUAGGGUGGUGUCUAAGACGGUUGCAGUGGAUGGAUAAGUGUUUGCUAGCAGUUCUGCAGUGGUACGCCUGAUUUAGACACUAGCCAUAUGAAAUGAAACGUCAGGCUCUAUAUUACAGUGAUACCCAGAUUUACCGUUAAUGUCGUUUCGCAAAUACGUUGUCUUUGUAUUAAUAGCACUACCUGAUUUGAACCCACACUCACGUCGCUGACAGAAUCAUCCGUCCUGUGUCUUGCCCGUCGCCUCCCAGCCAUCGCCUCCACCACCCCACUACUAUCCUGUAAGUCGCUUCUUUGAUUGAUGUUUCGAUAUUCGUUGUCGCACCUUUCAGGAACGCAUCCCCGAUGUUAACCGGGGUUGCUACUCUAUCUGCAGGCCAUACACAUCUCCCCCUUGGUCUAUGGUAACCAUCCUCGAGUUUAAUAAGUGUUUGUUAUUCAUGUCAGUUGAUAGCACAAAGCAAACACCACAAGAGAAUUUAACUCCCAGAGCGUUGUCUCGCGUUGAUGCAAAUGUUUUAAGGUCAUGUUAGAAUUUGUUUCAGGUGUGUGGUGGGGGUUUCUAUUUAGUGAUAGCUGUGUUUAAAACAAUAAAGUAUAUAUGUUUUUUAAAAAUGUAUUUAAGAAAUGUAAAGCAAACAACGUUUCAAUCUGAUGCUAUUUUAAAGUGAUUGUAAAAUGUUCCAAUAUUGGCUAGAUGUGUUCACAUUUUUUAUCCUCUUUUACCAAUUGAAUACAACAAAAGCGCUCGCUCUCUCACCGUGAAGAUGACGAUCAGGUUAAAAAUGCCACAUUUUAUCUUUUGAGUUUUUUCCACUUUUUCCUUAAUUCCUCAAACAUACUUUGCUUUUAAAGUGUGCAAUGAUGGCUGACAAACUAUUUCGGUCGGUCGGUAAAACCUAACCAUGCCUGAGUACACAUUUACGAAGACACAUUUCUGGUUUUUAGCUGUGGCCUGUUGUAAAUGUGGUGUUAUGUGUCAGCUCCAUAUCGCUGUGGCGAGAAGGCGCUGUUGUUACAAUACAGUACAUACAUUUUGAGGGUAAGAACUCAAGCAGAAUGGACGAUAGACAAAUUCAAGUCAAAUCUAUGUUGUUCAUCUUGGUUGAGCGUUUAACAUUUGUUGACGUUUUUGUUUUGCAUUGACUGUGUUGUGCCCCCCCACCCCUUAAACAAGGUCACAGUGCAGGGCUUUUAUCAGCUCGUGCCACUGGCACUGCAAAGCCUACACCUGUGAAACCAUGCCACGGAGUCUUUAAAUGUCCCCACUACUCUACAGGGUGGUCCAGGUGUCUUGUUAUUUUAUUCUCUAAAGCGCCAUUGCUGUAUGACCAAUGGGUGUGGAAACAAAGAAAUGAAUGAGUGAAGGGGAAAAAAAGUUAGGGGCCAAUUAAUUUUGGGGGGGGGGGGGGGGGGGUCACAAGACAUCUGGAUCACGCUGUAUAGCAAUGCAUCGGUGAUUUCCGAGUGGUGUACGAAUCGAAGCAUUGCGCUUUGUCAUUGAAGAGGACUGCGUUUCACCAGUUGAGGCCUCAUUUCAUGUUUAAAUGUAAAGACAUUUUUUUCCAGUCCAAAAUAUUGCAUCCAUGAACCCAGAUGAAAUGUUUUACAUAUUGGUAUUACCUGAAAUGGCAAAGUUUGAGUUAUACCGAUACCUUUAAAUUGCCACUAAAGUAAAUUGCGUGAAUCUUAUUUAAUAAGCACGUAAUCACAUAAUCGUCUUUGUUGUGAGCCCUGUACGGAAAUUGGUACCGCCACACAUUUUGUCGCCACUUGUGGCACAGAAUCCUUCUCGGCCUCACCGCGGACGUUGAAGGCAGAUGCUGCUGUGCUGUUUUUACAAAAAGUGCUUUUGCAAAUUGUACAAAAUGUGACUCGAAAUAAAUAAAGUCGGAUACGGAAUGUCAAA